AUGAACAGCUUGUUGAGAUAUCGUUUGUGUGCUGUGUUAAUAAUUUUAUUGUUGACCACUGAAAAUGUUGCUGGCAACGAGGGAAGAAAAGAUCAAAUUAACACACAUCGGUCAAAGCGACAGUUUUUUGGUAUUGGAAAUUUUAUGGGAUUUGGAUCUCCAAUAUUCAGUUUAGGUUGGGGUUAUUUCGGUGGGUUCGGAGGUCCUAUGGGUUUUGGUUCACCUUUUGGUUUUUGGGGUUGA